AUGCAAACGAAAGAGAUGGAGAUGGGCAUGGCGAACGGCGACACUGCCUCCUCAAUUGCAUAUGAAGCGGGUGAUGAGAAGCCAAGUAAGAGGAAGCGGUUUGCAAGUGGUGCUCUGGCGUGCUUAGGGGCUAUAAAAACUAGUACCUUUGCUUCUACUCUUUCCCGUCACUUUAACAAUUGUCUACCGCCACAAAAAACAUAUCUCAACAAUCGUAUCAACCGCCGUACACUACUUAUCAUAAUCGGUGUCACCUUCCUCUCCCUUCUGGCUCUCAUCAUUGGUCUCGCAGUAGGCCUCACGACCGGCUCCCACAACAACAUACCGGCUAAGCCCGAUAACGCAACCGUCGUGACCGGCGAUUUUACCUACUACAGUACUGGACUUGGUGCCUGUGGCAUCACAAACAACGACAACGACCCCAUUGUCUCUAUUUCCCACGGCAGGUUCGAUGAGAACAUGGUAGACGGGAACCCAAACCAUAACAAGCUAUGUGGCCGCAAGAUCCGAGCUCACCGCGUUGACGAGAGGACUGGCAAGGAGGCCAGCAUCGAACUUACUAUUGCCGACAGAUGCGUUGGUUGCGCUUACAAUGAUAUCGACGUCUCACCCGUAUACUUCGACAAGAUGGCUGCACACGACCUUGGCAGGGUCAAGGUAGAUUGGUACUUCUUGUAA